UUUACAACCGGACCGUUCGUUCGAAAUUACAUGACAAAUACGCGGGAAGGGUUCGAACGGACGAAAAGUGUAUUUCCCCAAACGUAAAACGGGUUCCUAACAGUGUCCCCGACGAAUAUUACGCGAUGUGUUCAAAACGUCAGACAAUGGUGGACAGUGGACGACAAGUUCUAGACAUUGGAAUGCGGUAGGAGCGAUGGCCCAGCAAAAUGGGCACGAGUCGCCGGCGGGCUGGGAGUUGGCUCCACGGUGGACCGGGGUGGAUCAUUUUACGGGGCCCCUUAACCCUCUCUGCAUCACUGAUGCCAACCACGAAAUACUUAGGCCCAAACCAAGAAGGUUGUCUAGUAAUUCGAAAACCGAGCUAAGCAGCUUCGAUCAUCAUUCGGAGUCCAACGACACUGCUGAUCAUGCCAAGAAAGAUCACACUCCCGCGUCUGGCCAAUCGGACCACCAGACUUCCUCUAAUGAAAGAAUGGUGUCACCAAAAAGAAAGGUCGAGCAUUUUCAGCACCUGUUCGUCGCCAACAACGUGAAAACCUCCACGUUUAAUGAAGGUAAUCCUUCGAGAGGUACCAACAGCAACCUGAGCAAUACCAACGCAUUCACAUGUUCACCCUCCUCGAUCAACAUGGUACCCGAACGGGAUACUGGCCCCAACAAGGUGCCAGCGGUAAGCAAUCUACGCCUCGCUCAGAACCAGUUGGUCUGCAAAUUUAAUUCGGCUGAUGAGCACCGCGUUAUAUCGUCCAGAAGGCAUCAUCAUGUGAGCGUGCAAGAACUUCGCAUGCAGUGCAGCAACAGCUCAUCUGACGAGAACAGAUCUUCCGGUCACGCCAGCAUGUCCGACACCGGCAACAGCAGCUCCCCUAGGGGUUUGGGACCGGGACCGGACAGAUUGAACGCUGGAGUACUGGCCAAAACAUCCAGGACCAAAAUGGCCGCUCAGCAUGGCAGGUCGAGACACCGCGCGACCCCUGCUAGGUUGCAGGCCCCUUGGUCAGGGAACGGUGGUCUCGAAGACAUCAAGCAAGCUCUUCAGCAGCUGACGAUGAGGUCGCACACUUCUACCAGUACGUACUCCAGUGUCAGCGCUGGGUCCGAGAGUUCUGAACCGGCAAUUCGGCGACUGAUGAGACACUCGUCACUUGAAACGAUAAACACCAAUAUAACUAGUGCGGACGAGUUCGUUUGGGUCGACUCGCACAACAGAUUAGUGGAGCUUCAACAUCUGCCCUGGACGAACCACUGCAUCCUACGAGUCCUGCAGUCGGGACGUUGCAAGGACCACAUGUCCAGGGUGAGCGUCGAAACCAUUCCCCGUCUCUCUUACCUUCUUCAGCGCGCUCUGGUGAGAAUCGGCCGCGAAACUCAACGUCUUGCCUCUACGCUGGGCGUCUGCACCAAACACGACGUCACCGUGUCCUUUAGGAUAGUGUUGUGUCCUCCGUUGGCCGAUUCCUGCGUCAAAGCCUGCCUGAGGGCGUCUGCCAUGCUGGCUGUCUCCAGUGACUGCACCAAACAGAGCAAGAGCUCCAGAGCUGGACUGCACUUGCAAGUGGGCAGGUUUCACAGGUGGAUGACUGACGUCAACCUAGCGAGGUUUAUCCAUGAGUACGCUGCGGUCUAUCUCUGUGCCGGAAUCGAAAAUCUGCUGGAGGAGAUCCUGUUGCAGUGUCUGCCCAGCGAUUCCGAUGUAAAACUCACCGCGACCCUAUUGGAGCACGCCAUUGCCAACAAUGGUGACUUGUGGGGCUUGUUACAGCCUUACGCUCACUUAAACGCAGGUCGCAUCGCGUCUGGAGCCCUGGCCUUGCCUAGAUGGGCGUCCGUGAGCAGUUUAGGGAGCACCGGGAAAGAUUGCGAGCGUACUUCCGGUCCUCCCGAACCUUCUUUGAUGACUACGUGCGUCGGUUCUUUGAAGGAGCUGCAGGAUCUGAUAGGUCGUAUGAAACCGAGGAUACCCCUUUGUCCGAAAGCGGUCAGGACUUUGUUUUAUUUUAUGAGGUGUUCUCAGCUCGAGCACGGGGACCAGUCAAGCGGACACGCUGUCCAAGAGCUGUGCUACGAACGGGCUUACGUGGUGUUGCCCCCUCUAGUAGAGUGGUUGCGAGUGGCAACUGCGCACGGAGAGCAUCGGUUCGCUGCCGUCUUGGACAAGGAUGACAUCAUGCAAGCCGCCAGGCUCCUCCUACCCGGGGUCGAUUGUCCUGUUAGGUCGUUAGGGGAGGAAGCGGUAAGGGUAAGGAAGAAUACAGGCAACGAAGAAGACCACCUGGAGGCUACCAAACAAAUUCAGAUCGAGUUGGCUUUUCGUUUAAUGCUCACCGGACGUCCGGAAUUGAUCCAACAGUCCGCAGCGUUGCUACCGUCCUCGACGAAACUGGACACUUUAAACCCCCAAGGUCACACGGCUCUGAUGCUGGCCGCCAUUCAUAAUGACGACGUCGCCCUCAUUGCGCUUCUAGACGCGGGCGCCGCUUUGGACGUUGAGACCCCGCCCCCAAUGCCCCCCUUAUACUCGGCAGUCAACGGGGAAAACCAACAUUGGACAGCGUUGACGUACGCCGCCGCAAAAGGUUACACGCUCUGUGCUCGCAUCCUGCUGGAACGGGGAGCGAACGUUGAGGGCGGGGCUGGGCCUAGCGAGGAAAAAAUUACUCUUACACCUCUGCAGGUGGCCUGCGGAAGCGGCAACGUCGACAUGGUAGCGUUGCUGUGCGGUCAUGGGGCGCAACCCUUUUUUUCCACUCAAAUUAAGGACGCGCCGAGCUACACAGCAUCGACUCAGAGGGGAUGCUUCAGCCCCAUAUCAGUGGCGGCCGCGCACGGUCAUCGCCCGGUGCUGCAGAAGCUGCUCGCUCAACCUGUAGCCCCGGUUAAUAAGGAAGUGCUUUCUCUUGAGGAGAUGCUGGCGGAAGGUACCCCCAAGUCCAGCACGGUACCAAGCAAUCCUCCCCAAUUCACCAAGAUCCAGGUGAAGGCGUUACAGGAAGCCAUGUAUCACAGUGCCGAAAAUAAUCACCUUGACAUUACCGUCGAAAUACGAACUCUAGGAGUACCAUGGACUCUGCACUGCUGGAUGCACUCCUUGGCGGCUGCUCACGAGACCCGACUCGACUGCGUCAUCGACCAACUGUUACAGGACUUUCUGCAGGUGUGUCCAGACGAUUACAGCCCGCAGUUCGUGUUGGAAUGUCUCCCUUUGCUCUUUAACAUAUUCAGAUACAGUAAGAAAGAAGGUACGACAUUGCUGCUUGCCGACAUAUUCUCGACGUGUUACGGCUGGGAACCGAUAAAAUCGGUACAGGAAUGUUCACCGGGAACCUCGUCUGGAUCCAGAAUAGACACCAAGUACGUCAACAAUCCAGAAUUGAGCGAUGUGACUUUUAGAGUUGAGGGUCGACUGUUUUACGCACACAAAAUAGUACUGGUUACGGCCAGUCCACGUUUGAGGGCGAUGCUGAGCUCGAAACUAUGCGAAGGCGGAUUGCCAAUCGUCCAAAUCAACGACAUAAGGUACCAUAUAUUUCAGACCGUGAUGCAGUUCCUAUAUCAGGGCGGUUGUCAAGCCCUUGAACCUACAAACGAUGACAUACUGGAACUGAUGGCCGCGGCGAAUUUCUUCCAGCUGAAAGGCUUGUUGCAGUACUGUGAGAGCAGGUGCGCCGCGACGGUCGCGUUGGACAACGUCGUCUCCAUGUACAUUCACGCUAAGGUGUACAACGCUGCUCAGCUGUUGGAGUACUGUCAGGGAUUCCUGCUGCAGAACAUGGUCGCCCUGCUGACGUACGACGAUUCUGUCAAGAGGUUACUAUUCGCUAAGAAGUUGCCGAAUCACGACGUGCUUGGUGGCUUGUUGGUGACGCUUCAAAAGAGGAUCAAAGACAGGCGCAGCCAAGUCGGGAAGAGCUAGGUGUAGGGGUGUGUGUGUGAAAGUGUUGGUGCUGCGAUAUGGUUGCUCAACGGUUUUUUCAUGUAGACUUUUUCCCUACUUGUUACGGCUUGAUAUUUGUCGAAAUAUA